CCACGUUUCACUAAAUGAUGUAAUCCCUCCUACGGAGCUUGACAGUUCGCUGUUGCGGUAACGACACAUACUCAGCUGGAGGGAGAGAAAAGGCCGGUUAGCCAGACGUCUGCCCAUAUCACCUGUUUGUUCACCUUGGCGUUACCGCUGUAAAACGAAAUAUAGGUCGUGAAAGCGGGUUUCGUAAUUUGUGUUACCCCUGACUCGGCUGACACAGUUGGCUAAUGUUAGCUGUUUCCUGGUGGAAGUUGCAGCCAUUUUGGAUUUUUACUGAGAAACAGCUAACCGGUUUUGGUUUGGGAACCAGAGUAAGCUAGUCGUAACGAACGCUGUUUAUCUGUAGACAGAAAUAAAGGGGACAUUUACUUGAAGAGAUACACUAUUCAACGAGUCAACAAUGAAUCCAGAAUAUGACUAUUUAUUCAAGCUACUCCUGAUUGGUGACUCUGGUGUUGGAAAGUCCUGCCUUCUUCUUCGAUUUGCAGAUGACACAUACACAGAAAGUUACAUAAGCACUAUUGGUGUGGAUUUCAAAAUACGAACUAUAGAAUUAGAUGGAAAGACCAUUAAACUUCAGAUUUGGGAUACAGCGGGACAGGAAAGGUUUCGUACAAUCACGUCCAGCUACUACAGAGGUGCUCAUGGUAUCAUCGUAGUGUAUGAUGUUACAGAUCAGGAGUCAUUCAAUAAUGUCAAACAAUGGCUCCAGGAGAUUGACCGCUACGCCAGUGAAAAUGUCAACAAGCUACUGGUUGGGAACAAGUGUGACCUGACGACAAAGAAAGUGGUGGACUACACAACAGCAAAGGAAUUUGCAGACUCUUUGGGAAUCCCCUUUUUGGAAACCAGUGCAAAGAACGCCACAAAUGUGGAGCAGGCCUUCAUGACCAUGGCUGCUGAAAUCAAGAAGAGGAUGGGCCCUGGGGCCACAGCCGGAGGAGGGGAAAAGCCCAAUGUCAAGCUGACUCCAGGCACUACUGUCAAGACUUCAUCAGGUGGAUGCUGCUGAGAAAGGAACCACUUUGUUUAACCCCCUCCCCAAGAGAAAAAAAAAUUGAGCUGUGAGACUACUCUCUCUUAUUUGGUCACCUGAAUACAAGUUCAUGACAGCAGUGUGGGUGGACGUGUCUUUUUCUCUGCAUUCCUACAGCAAAGUUGAUACAUGAUUAAGGUUUCUGUUUGUACCGACCUUUUCUGUUUCUCUUCCUUCAGUGAUAAUUUUUCAUUCUUUUACACAAUUUGUCUGUUGCGAUACAAAGGUGUUUGUUUUGUUUUUUGUUGGUUUUUUUCCAGGUUUUCUCACAAACCUCUGCACAACAGUGUCUCAACUGUUAAGCAUCUUUAGUGUAGUGUAACAGUAUAUGUACAUAAACAUUAUGUAUAUAUCUGUAAAAUCAGAUUUGGUUCUGUUUUGUUCCAACCAUUAUUGAAACAGUUUUCACUUUCUCUGCAUUAAAUUUGUGGCUGAAGACAACUGUAAGUUGGUUGCUCAAAAUGUAACACUUAAAUUGAAAAUAAAUAUUGUAUUACUGGACUGUAUGAAAUGGGAGGAUGUGUCUGGGAGUUUUAGUAAGAUGUAAAAAAAAAAGUGUAUUUAUUUAAGUUUUAUGGCAUAUCCGCUGUCAGAUAACACAGGGUCUGCAAAUUUCUGCGUCUAACCACAAUACUGAACACUGAGUUGCAUAUAUAAAAUACAAUGUUCUUUUCAUAAUAAAGGCGACUGGAUUCAGUUUGAAA